GGCGCGGGCAGCUGCGGAGGGGCGGGGUCCCAGGCAGCGGCGGGAUUCCGGGACUUCAGGGGCGAGUUGAACUGUUGCGGGCUCAGGGGUCUGGCAGCGUGUUUAGUGGCUGAGGGAGCGGGCCCAAGAGCCUGCUCCUUGUGGCCUGGUCGCGGUGCGCGGGCCGCUCUAGUCCGGAGAAUUCUUGAGUGUCCGACGGGGCUGGAGGCGGAUCUCGAGGGAAGCGGAGCAUCUUGUAAAGACGCUAGAAAAGCACAAUGUCUCAGGAAGGCGAUUAUGGGAAGUGGACAAUAUCCAGUAGCGAUGAAAGUGAGGAGGAAAAGCCCAAACUGGACAAGCCAUCUACCUCUCUUCUCCCCAACGCUGGGCAGGGAGCAGCACCUGAGCCCAGGUACACCUGCUCUGAGGCUAGGAAAGCUGCCCGCAGAGGGAGAAUAUCACCUGUGAAAUUCAACACAGAUUCCGUUUCAGAAGUUUCACCUCCCAAAAGGCAGAAGAGUGGUUCCCAAGAAGACCCGGGCUGGUGUCUCUCCAGCAGUGAUGACGAGCUGCAGCCGAAAAUGAAGCAGAAGCGGGCCCAGAAAGUGGUCGUCAAAGAGGAGAAAGACGUCUCUUCCCCCAAACACGGUGCUGCCCAGAAAACUGGAAAUCAUGGGCCUCCCACCCCCUACAGGCUCAAAGAGGAGGAAGACCAGUAUGAGACCUCAGGGGAGGGCCAGGACAUUUGGGACAUGCUGGAUAAAGGGAACCCCUUCCAAUUUUACCUCACUCGAGUCUCGGGAAUCAAGCCCAAAUACAACUCCGGAGCCCUCCACAUCAAGGAUAUUUUAUCUCCUCUCUUUGGGACACUUGUAUCUUCAGCUCAGUUUAACUACUGCUUUGAUGUGGACUGGCUCAUAAGACAGUAUCCACCGGAGUUCAGGAAGAAACCCCUCCUGCUUGUGCACGGUGAUAAAAGAGAGGCUAAGGCUCACUUACAAGCUGAGGCUAAGCCUUAUGAAAACAUUUCCCUCUGCCAGGCAAAGUUGGAUAUUGCAUUUGGAACACACCACACGAAAAUGAUGCUCCUGCUGUAUGAAGAAGGCCUCCGGGUCAUCAUCCACACCUCCAAUCUCAUCCAUGAGGACUGGCACCAGAAAACUCAGGGAAUAUGGUUGAGCCCUUUGUACCCACGAAAUGCCCAUGGAACGCACAGGUCUGGGGAGUCAACAACACAUUUUAAAGCAGAUCUCAUCAGCUACUUGAUGGCUUAUAAUGUUCCUCCUCUCAAGGAGUGGAUAGAUAUUAUCCAGGAGCAUGAUCUCUCUGAAACAAACGUUUAUCUCAUUGGAUCAACACCGGGACGCUUUCAAGGAAGUCAGAAAGAUAACUGGGGACAUUUUCGGCUUAGGAAGCUUCUCAGAGAGCAUGCCUCAGCUGUACCCAAAGCAGAGUCCUGGCCGAUAGUAGGUCAGUUUUCAAGCAUUGGCUCCAUGGGGGCUGAUGAAUCAAAAUGGCUGUGUUCUGAGUUUAAAGAGAGCUUGGUGACGCUGGGGAACGAGAGCCGGACUCCGGGGAGAAGUGCCAUUCCUCUUCAUUUGAUCUAUCCUUCCGUGGAAAAUGUGCGAACCAGCUUAGAAGGCUAUCCAGCUGGGGGCUCUCUUCCCUAUAGCAUCCAGACAGCCGAAAAGCAGAAUUGGCUUCAUUCCUAUUUUCACAAAUGGUCAGCCGAGACAUCUGGCCGCAGCAAUGCCAUGCCGCAUAUUAAAACAUACAUGAGACCCUCUCCAGACUUCAGUCAAAUCGCUUGGUUCCUUGUCACAAGUGCGAAUCUGUCCAAGGCCGCCUGGGGAGCAUUGGAGAAAAAUGGCACCCAGCUGAUGAUACGCUCCUACGAACUUGGGGUCCUUUUCCUGCCGUCGGCGUUUGGCCUAGACAGCUUCAAAGUGAAGCAGAAAUUCUUCUCAGGGAGCCAGGAGCCAGCAGCCUCCUUUCCCGUGCCGUAUGAUCUGCCUCCAGAACUGUAUGGAAGUAAAGAUCGGCCAUGGAUUUGGAACAUUCCUUAUGUCAGAGCACCAGACACCCACGGGAACAUGUGGGUUCCCUCCUGAGGAUCUGAAGGCGCUAUGGAAUUUAGGUGUAAGACUUUGAGUCUUUCUUGUUUGUACUGGGCGUUUACCCUUGAAGUUUAAUCUGCAUUCCUAUGAAACUCUUUGCAAAAGUCUCUCUUGUGAACAUG